AGGGAGGGUCCAAGUUAGGCCAAGCCUUGUGUAUACAUAUGGAAAUAUGUGGGCGGGGCUAAGGGCCUGUGGGCGGAGCCAGAAGCACGCAUUGCUGCAGAGGAAGGAGGGAAGGAAGGAAGAGGAGGAGGAUGGCCUCCUUCCCGGGAGGCUGAUUUCCCGGAAAAGAAGGAGGAAAAAGCAAGGAAGGAAGGAUGGCAGGCUUCCCUCUGCUCCCCAUGCUGCUCCUCUCAGCCUCGCCAGGUGCGGCGGAACCCAGCGACAGCGGAGAGGCCCCGGGUUCAAAGGGCACGGGCCUCUCCUGCUUGGCGGCAGCACCCUCCCUCUCCUGGUACCUCAAGGGCGGAGGGUCCGGCCUCCUCGACACCUCUGACCCCGGGGGCGAGGGCAGUGGCAGCGGGGCCUACGAGGAAGGCGGACACGGACACUUCGCGGCCAGGCCUCGGCGCUUGGAGCGCCCACUCAACUGCUCCGCCAUUGACUUGGCCACGGGACAAGCCUCCAGCACUGCUGUCCUCCUCGACGUCCAGUUUCAUCCAGAGCUGGUCCGGCUGGAGGCACACCACAGCGAGAACCCGGGACUCCUUCUGGUGCUGCUAGUACUAGUUGAGGCUCACCCGCCGGCCCAAAUCACCUGGGUGGACCCCGAUGGGCAGACCUCCGUCAACACCUCCCACUUCCUCAUCGUGGAGGCCAAGACCUUCCCCUGGCCCAACGAUGCUGACGACGGCCGCGGCCUCCGUCUCCAGUUGCGCGGCCUGGUGGGCAACCGCUCCCUCUGGGCAGAGGAAGAGCCCGGCACCGUCGCCAACGCCUCCGUCCUGCAGACCGGUCUGCUGGACCUGCGGAUCGAGCUGCCCCUCCUGGCGCUGGUGGUGGGGUCCGCCUUGGCCCUGGGGGCCUUCCUGUGCCUGGGGGCGCUGCUCAGCUGCCUGCUCUGCCGCAAAGGAAAGAAGGAGGCAGGACUCUCCCUCCCAGCGGUCGCUCCAUUACCUUCCAGCGGCUCCAACAACUGCAAGCCCCAGAUUCCCCGGAUGCCGCGGGCGAACGUCUCUCUCCCGGCCAACCUGCAGCUGAACGACCUCACAGCCGGGAGGGCAGGUGAAGCCCCCCUGGAGGAGGAGGAGCGGGCCGUCUCGGAGCCAGAGAACCGCCUGGUCCUGUUGGAGAGGGGUUUGGGCCACUUCCCCAUGGUGGGGUACAUCUACCGAGCCUCCAGCAUGAGCAGCGAUGAGAUCUGGCUCUGACUCCCAUCCUUGCCGGCGGGUGCAAAGGACCCUCGAGGCUCAAGGCGUUGACCGGGGCGCCAAGAAGGUGCUCGUCCCUCCGGAGCAGGACAUUGCAAAGGGCUCCAGGGAGUCGGGGCUGGGCUCCUGGGCGGGCAGGAAGGGCCGGGCCAGAGCUGCGGUGGGCUGUGGGUGAGGGCCACAACGGCAGCACCAGCACCUUGAAUGUAGACCCCUUUCUUUCCCCCUCCGCAUGGCUGCUUCUUCCCCUCCCUGGCCCCCUCUGCUGCUCAUCCUCUGGCGCAUGAGGAUUUGCCCCCCCAAUGAAGGGCUGUGGCCAAGUGCUGCCCCUUUGCUUCUAUGCACAUCCCGGGCUCUUGCUGAACAGGUGGGCUCCAUCCCCGCUCCGGCCUGGGCAGGGCCAACGGUGAGAACCAGGAUUCAACCAGAUGUCUAAUAGUGUUUAUACAUCACAAUGAAUAAAUUAUGUGGGCGACAGAAGGA